AUGGAUCCCGCCCACAAGGAUGAUAUCCACAGCGAAGAUUACGUUCUGCGCCACCGAAAAGACGCGCUGAGUGCCCCGAUUCGCAAGCGCAUCGUCAUUUGCUGCGAUGGGACCUGGCAAUCCGCGGUCUCUGGCAAGAAGAAUGUACCUUCUAACGUUACCCGUCUUUGUCGCUCCUUGAAUCACAUCGGAACGGACGAAAAGGGUGAACAGUGGCAGCAAAUUGUCUUCUACGAUUCUGGAGUUGGGACCAAUGGAAGCGCAGUAGAAGAUGUGGUCGAAGGCGCAUUUGGUCAGGGCGUGGAACAGAAUGUUAUCGAGGCGUAUAACUUCUGCGUACUAAAUUACCGUCCUGGUGACAAGAUAAUGUGCUUUGGUUUCUCGCGCGGAGCUUACACGGCUCGAACAAUUGCUGGUUUAAUCUCGGAUAUUGGUAUCUGUCAAAAGUGGGAUCUCAACCAGUUCCCUGACCUCUGGGCUGUUUAUAAGAAAGUCAAGCAUGGGAAGCGAUUCGAUCGGAGUGACCUUUGGUUUGACUGGAUGUGGGGGAAGGCCGAUGAACAUCAGGGCUCUGGUACUGAGAAUGAUCGAACCUUUCGCUAUACACAUGCCCCUGAAGGCGACUGGGCACAGGAAGGAUCGCGAGAAGUGGAAGUUGUCGGGGUGUUUGACACCGUCGGCUCUAUUGGUAUGCCGGAGGUGCUUGGGUUCAAGUUACCAUCUACAGGAAAGGAUGGCUGGCAUAAUGUUGGACUAUCACCCAACAUUAGACACGCUUUCCAAGCCUUAGCUUUGGACGAACACCGCCAAUGCUUUUCGCCAUCGGUUUACUAUCUGCCAAACAAGACCGCCACGCCCGAAGAAGUCGAAUCCAGGCAACAAGAGGAGAGCCAGGCUGCAAAGGAAUAUGAAAGAGUUCUUCAAGAAGCUAAAGACCUCAAAGCAGGAGGCGACGCGACCGACGCCGAGGUCAAUGCUGCCGCGCGUAAGGUCAACCAGGUUGCCAGAGCUUGGAACAAGGCAACUCGACGAAAAAUCAAAUUCGAAAACCGCUUGAGUCUGCACUCAGAGCUAAAGCAAGUGUGGUUUCCUGGUUACCACGUCAAUAUUGGCGGAGGCGAUUCCGAGACCUUGGAGGAUGAGGGUGACAUGGAGGAGAUGUCCAACAUUACCUAUUCAUGGAUGCUGGAUCAGAUUAAAAGCUACCUUUCUAUCGACGAGCGAUUUAUCAUCGGAUCGCUGAAAGCCCGUGAGAAGCGUCUUCACAAGCUCAAUGAAGAAUACUCCAAAUGGGAGGCUUCCGUCAAGACAGCAAAAGCCGAGUCUCUCAAAGACUGGGUUUGUAACACUGCCAAAUCGGCGGUUUCAGCUGUUGUUCAUCGUCCAAAACCCGCUGAUCCUGACGGACCUGCCUUUAGAGGCAUUCGGAAGUACGGUUGGGGAGAAGGCAUCCUGAUCAACAGUUUCACGUCAAUGUAUUGGCUCAAUGGAAAGAAAUGGCGUACUCCAGGAGAAUACGGUACCAAAGAUGGCAAAUAUGCCGGCGAAACUUUCGAAUUUAUCCACCCUGUUGUGAACUACCGAGUGGAAAGAAUGAAGGAACUCAACAAAACAAACAGCAAGCAUGCGCUUUACAGGCCCCUUGGUCCCAGUGGAGAAUACAAGCGCUGGAAAGAGCAGGACGAUCAAGGGAACACUGUCUAUAAGUACCUUAUGGGAAAGUCAACGAAGCCUGUGACCGAGUGGAAGCUGGGAGGAAUGGACUCCUACGAGCGAUUGGCAGUUGCAGGAUAUCCUGCAUAUUCUUAUGUGGAUAUUCUGGAUGACGAAAUGAAGACUGGAUUUCGAACGGAGCGUCUUGAAGGCGAAUCAUUUGAGAAAAUGGAAUUUGGUCUCAAGCCUACCAUUGUUUCCAAGUCGCGGGUGUCGGAUGCUUCGACCGCGUCUGAUGGUGAGGAAGGCUGGGGAACACAGUCCCAGUCAACGGUCUUUGAUGCCAAUGUCCAACCUGGUGACCUGCAUCCAGUGACUAAUUUGCCAAAGUCUCACGAUCUGAAAUCUGCGACAGUGCAAGCGUUGAGCCAGGAAAUUCCGCAUCAGCAGAGUCUGAGCAAUGUCCACUGA